CUGACAAUACUGCAAACAGCCGCGGUCGAGAAAUCAUUGAGAUUGCUGCAGGCGCUGGUGCAAAUUGCAGCUGGCACCACAUCAUCAGCCGCCGAUGCAGAGACUUGGAAUACGGCUAGAGGACACUUCGCACUCGCACGCCGCUACCUCCGCCUCUUCAAAUGGAUAGAUUUCAGCCAAUUAACACACCAAUCCUUUUACUCCUCUGAAACGGAUCCCUCCCGCCGCAUCCUCAAGACUGCAAAGAACGCUUUACUGGCACUGUACUUNUUCAUGGAGAUGUUUUGUAUCACCAAUGCGAUGAAUGUUACGAAUUCUGACUUGCUGGUGGCGCUCCAACACCACGCACUUCAAAUCUGGUUCUUUGCUAUUAGUGUCUCGUUGCUCUUGACCUGCUACGACCUCCUCUUUAUCUCCACUUCUUCAACCGCAAAAACAACUUUGUACACCAAUAUCGUAAUCGACUGCUGCGACAUCCUCAUCCCCGGUUCUGCAGUAGGCUGGAUCCCCGUUUCGUCAGUGAGUGUAGGCGUGGCCUCUAGUAUCUCCAGCACCAUAGUGAUGAAGAGCAUUUGGGAGAGGGUGCANAAAGAAGCACAACAAAAUGAACAGAGGAAAAGAGAAAAAGCGAAUAGGAAAGUUAGAUUUGAGGAUGGGACUAAGCAAGAGGAAAAGGAGAACAACGAGCUAAAACCAAACGGCGAGAAGAAAGGAAGUAAUGGCAUAGUGAACGGAAGUGUCAAGGCACUAGUCAACAACGUCGGCGAUGGCACCAACACCCUAAAAAAGAGAUCCAAGCAAUCCUAA